AACUAACAUUUGCGAGCAUUGAUGCAUAUGACUUCCACAGUUGCGUUCAAAUUACCCGGUUUUACGCGACCUUUGAAAAAUAAUUUAUUUUGAUAAGAUUAAAGCGAUAAAAAUGUUGAGAUAGUGUUGAAACAGUGUUGUGUAAAAACAAAAUGGGGACCAUUGUUUAUGGUACUGGGCACAUUAAAACCUCGCAAGGGAUAAUAAAAAUUGCAGAAGCAGUAGUUUGCUUCAUAGGUCUUAUCUUAAUAGCCAUAGAUGGAUGGUCACGCGAUUUAACAAAUGCAUAUGUCGUUGGUACAGCUGUUGGUUUAGUAAUCUCUUUCCUCCUAUUGAUACUUCAUAUCACAAAAGCAGGAAGACCUCUUCAGGGAUUUUUAGCAUUUCAAAUCUACUACAAUGUGGUUUUAUUUAUAUACUUAUUAGUAGUAUCAGCAAUAAUACUUUCAGAAAAUUACAAUAAUCGAUACAUGGCUGGAGGGAGUUUUGGAACAAUUGCAUGUGUGUUGUAUUUGGUGGAUGCAAUUGACUGCUACAGAACUGAUCCGUCACCACUGUUUUGUUUUGCGUAACAUUUAGUAAUUUUGACAAAUUAAUAUGAUUUAGUGAUUUUAUAUACGUAACAGUUUUUAAUCCAGAAGAAUGACUGCCAUCUUAUAAAAUUACCAUUUUAAACUCCACUGUAUUAUUUGGUUUAAAUAUAUUUAUUUUUACUAACA